ACCACUAUCGGAAACCGAAACAGUAUUUUCAGAAACCGAUUUUUCUAUAAAAUGCCACUUCGUCUCCAAAAAGGUAUCCGAGAAUACCUAUUUAGUUUUCGGAUUAUCUUAUCGGAAACCAAAACAGUUUCCGAGCUUCGAAAACCUACCAAAAGGUAUUCCAGGAUACCCUUUGGGUUUUCGAGAUAUUCGAUGGGUACCCAAAAGGUAUUCCAGCAUACCCUCUCGGUUUCCGGCAUACUCUCUCGGAAACCCACAAGAUUUCCGAUCACUAGCAAAUGCAAAACGCAUACCAAUGAUGGUGUUUCCAGUUUCUAAAGUUGCGACAUAGGUUUUUGAAAUAAGACGUAACCCGACACCAAGCCUCUCAAUCAGGGAUGUGGCGACCAUGGGGUGCAGGAGGGUGCACGCCCCCCACUUUUAGAAAAUUUUCGCUUUUUCCCAGCAAAAAUUGUUAAUUUUUUUGAAAAAAAAGGUCGUGAGAUGGAAAAAUAAGGAUCUGUACCCCCCCACUUUUUAAAAUUUCGUAAAUGCAUUAUUUCAUGUUCAAAAAUUUUUUCAAUACACCCUCAACUUUUCAAAAAAUUUCUUUUGCACCCCCCCCCCCCCCCCCCCCCCCACUUUUUUCUCUUCGCCACAUCCCUGCUCUCAAUUAAUUCAGUUCGUUAUUAUUUAUCUUAUCAUCACCGCUUUUAAGAAUCACAGAUGAUAUCCUUACAAUAUUUGGUAGCUGAGAUUUCCAAUACAUUUCAUGUAAAAAUUAAUACUAUUCUUCUACUCUAUCUUAGACGAUAGAUGCAGACUUUAAUAUAAACGAAUGUUCUACAUAUUUCAUAUAGAAAUUGGUAUUAUUUUUUCAAUCUAUCACAUAUAAUAGACUAAUAAUCUUAUAUAAUCGACAUUUCAGUAACGCGAAUAUAGAAAUCUAUAUUAUUCUUUGUGUCUAUCAGAAAUGACAGACUUAAAAUUUUAUAUAUUCAAAAUUUCUAUAUGUUCAAUGUAGAAAUCUAUUUUAUUGUGUUAGUCUAUCAGAAACGAUAGACUUAUAAUUUUACAUACUCUAAAUUUCUCUAUAUCGAAUAUAGAAAUCUAUGUUAUUGUUUUAGUCUAUCAGAAAUGAUAGACUUAUAAUUUUACAUACUCUAAAUUUCUAUAUAUCGAAUAUAGAAAUCUAUAUUAUUGUUUUAGUCUAUCAGAAAUGGUAGACUUAGAAUGUUACAUACUCUACAUUUCUAUAUAUCGAAUAUAGAAAUCUAUAUUCUUGUUUUAGGCUAUCAGAAAUGAUAGACUAAAAGUUUGGAUAGAUUAUAUUUCUGUGUGUUGAGAUUUAUGAGAAGUCGGCUAGGGAAAAAGCUGUGAAUAGUAAGUUGAAAAGUUGGCAUGGAGUAUGUUGCAUAACCUUGUGGAGUCGGAGAAUAUGGCGUUGUUGGAUGUUGUACAGAACUGAUGAUCGGCUCUUAGGACCUUGGAAACCGUUAAUCAGUUACCGAGAUCGGGUGCUAUUGUUGGGUGAAUUUCGGGUUUCCGAGUGUUCUGAAACCUUCUAUCGGAAACCCUUAAAAGGUUUCCUAUAGUAACAUUUUCGGAAACCCAUUAUAAGUUUCCUAGGAGACGGAAAUUUUUUAGAGUGUAUAAUAUUUUCACUGAUCAACUUCAACUAGCAAAAGCUUUUAUAUCUGGUAAAAAAUCUCCAAUCGAAUAUCUCCGUAACAUCUUAUUCUUAUCCAUAACAGCCCAAUCAAAUAUUCGUCUAUAUCUCGAUCAACAUUCAUUAAAUCACAUUGGUAAGUGACAGAUCAAAAAUAAACAAACUGAUAUACAAUUUUCUUAGUAUAGGUUUCGAUCAACCACCAUAUGAAUGGUAAGUGAUGUUUAUUAAUAUAAACAAUUUAAUAGAGGAUUUUUUUAUUUUAGAUCUGAUCCAGCAACAUAUGAAUGGUUCAGCUCAAGCAUCAUAUGAAUGGUUCACAUGGGGUGUCUUUUCUGAGAGAAUUAUGUUUGGUUCCGGUUUCAGAUGA